AUGAAUAAUAGCUCUACUUGGUACAUCCUCUUUGUUUUACUUUCAUUUAUCCACUGUAUUUUGCUACCUUUAACAAGUGCUUGGAAAAUUGCGCCUAGUGAAAUUCCAGCAGAUAGUAUUUUGUCAAAUGGAGAAACAAAUGGAGAAUUAGACGGUACACCAGGAUGGAUUGAUGAAAUGAACACUGUGCCGAGUUAUUUGAUCGCACCGAGCAAUAAGAUGUCUCAGGUUCUAUCUUGUUCAAACGAAAAGCAGGGACGUCAAUAUUAUUAUUAUAUCACGCCUAUACAGUUUACAGGUGAUUAAAUUGAUCUUUUUCUGUGUUUAAUGUCGGUGGUCCAGUAGUAGAAUUUUCUAGAAAUAUGUACAUGGUUCAAGGUUCGAUACCCAGCCAUCGUACUCGCGAAUCCAAUCUGCUAAAGAGUGAAGGUCAGGUGUAAGGCUAGCAACCCCACCCUGUA